GACCCCGCAUUCACUAUAUCCGCUCUCCCCGGACCCCGCAUUCACUAUAUCCGCUCUCCUCUGACCCCGCAUUCACUAUAUCCGCUCUCCCCUGACCCCGCAUUCACUAUAUCCGCUCUCCCCUGACCCCGCAUUCACUAUAUCCGCUCUCCCCUGACCCCGCAUUCACUAUAUCCGCUCUCCCCGGACCCCGCAUUCUACUAUAUCCGCUCUGCCCGGACCCCGCAUUCACUAUAUCCGCUCUCCCCGGACCCCGCAAUUACUAUGUCCGCUCUCCCCGGACCCCGCAUUCACUAUGUCCGCUCUCCCCGGACCCCGCAUUCACUAUGUCCGCUCUCCCCGGACCCCGCAUUCACCAUGUCCGCUCUCCCCGGACCCUGCAUUCACUAUAUAUGGUCUCCCCGGACCCCACAUUCACUAUAUAUGGUCUCCCCGGACCCCGCAUUCACCAUAUCCGCUCUCCCCGGACCCCGCAUUCACUAGAUCCGCUCUCCCCGGACCCCGCAUUCACCAUAUCCCCUCUCCCAGGACCCCGCAUUCACUAUAUAUGGUCUCCCCGGACCCCACAUUCACUAUAUAUGGUCUCCCCGGACCCUGCAUUCAC